ACUCGAUCAGGUGACGAGGUGAGGCGAAGAGCACCGCCUUCCCAAAUCACACGUGUCACGCGUGCCAACGCCACGCGUCGGCUUUCCAAUCCAUCCGCCGCCCACCGCCGCUGCUCAUAAGUAGGCCGAUGACCAGCGGCGGUGCGACAAUACCACCGCAUAAACGAAUUCGAAUAAAUGCAGGUCGACAGAGGCGAAGGCGAGAGACACGACCGGCGAAACGCCGGAGGGGAGGACCCGGAGCGCACAGGACGUACGCCGAUAAUGGCGCUGAAUCACGUUUCUCGAGUCUGCAGAUCGGUGGCUGAGUCGGUAGACUUCUACAGUAAAAUACUAGGCUUCGUGCUGAUCGAGCGGCCGGAAUCCUUCGACUUCGACGGCGCGUGGCUGUUCAACUACGGCGUGGGGAUCCACCUGAUGCAGUGCAAGGACGACGAGAAACUGCCUCGGGAUCGAGACCACCUGGAUCCGAUGGAUAACCACAUCUCGUUCCAGUGCGAGGACAUGGAGGAGAUGGUGCGGAAAUUGAAAAAUCAAGGCGUGAAUUACCUGAAGAGAACCGUGGGAGAUGAGGAGGACGGAGUUCCAGUGAUCGAUCAGCUGUUCUUCAACGAUCCGGACGGAUUCAUGAUCGAAAUCUGCAACUGCGAGAAUAUGAAGCUCCGGCCUCGAUCUUCCAUGGGGAAGAUCAAGCUCCCAUCCGAUAAGCACAAUCCUCCUGUUGAAUUAGGAAAUCAAAAUGUUGGUGAUUAUAGUAGAACCCGAGAGCAAAAAAGGCCAAAAACUGAGAACACACAGGACAGAAGAGAAAAACGCUAUGGAGGUACCAAAUUGCUAGACAUCGCUUCCUCGAAAUUAAGCCAAUUCAAAUUCCAGCACAUUUUAUAAAAACCAAUUGAAGAUACAGCAGCAAUCAAAUCCAUUGUUCUGGUAGAUUCUGGGCUGAAGAAAUUACCGGACGC